AUGGGCUCGGUCCCGGACAAUCUUUCUCAUGGCGUCUCAGUCGACAUGGUAACUCAGCCCAGCAACCCAAAAGAUGUAGCAACGUUGUUGAAUAGCAUCAACACGUUGGGCGCCUCCUCACUCGACAAUGAGCAGAAUCGCCUUAAUCUUCUGAAGCAAGCUCGCCUGCUGGUCCAGGCUCUAGAGACACCCAGAGAGACUAUGAUCAAGCACCUGUGGGCACAGCCUGCCACUGGCUGCGCCAUCGCCUCAGGAGUUGAAUCGGGUCUCUUCGACUUCAUGGCCCGAAAUCCAGGGCCGAAGACCGUAGCCCAACUCGCCGCAGAACUAGACUUCGAGAAAGAUUUACUAGCGCGUUCGAUGAGGCAUCUGGCGUCGACCGGAUAUCUACGCGAGACCGGUGUUGACGAGUACGAGACGAACCACUUUUCGAGAUCACUGACCCUUCCUAUUAUUGGCAGCGCCUACUCUUGCGUAGUCGGCGGCGUCUGGCCUACCUUUUGCAACUUCCCCACGUAUCUCAAGAAGAAUAAGCGGAGAAUGACGCCAGAGAUAGGACCUCUACAAGAUGCCAUUGGCAGUAAGAAGGAUUUUUUCACACAUAUCAUGGAAAAGUACCCCGCCGGCGAGUUUCAGCAGUUCAUGAAAGGAUACGGCCAGGGGAGGAGACUCUGGAUGGACCCGGAUUUCUACCCCGUAGUCGAGCGCCUCGUCAACGGCGCAGAUACCACUUCACCAGACUCGGCGUUCAUUGUCGACAUUGGAGGCGGCAUCGGCCACGACUUAGACGAGUUCUGUCGCAAGCAACCUGCCGCGCCGGGCCGGCAUGUCCUCCAAGACCUCCCUCACGUUCUCUCACAGGCGCAAGUCCAAGAUCUCGACCCCAAGAUUGAGCUUAUGCCGUAUGACUUUAAUACCGAGCAACCAGUCAAGGGCGCGAGGGCGUAUUAUCUCCACUCUGUACUACACGACUGGACAGACGAGGUCUGCGAGAGUAUUCUUGCGCGGGUCAGGGCUGCGAUGAGGGCAGGGUAUAGCAGGCUCUUGAUCAACGAGAACGUUAUACCUUCCAAAGGCGCAGAUUGGCAGGUCACGGCGCUCGACAUGGUUAUGAUGACUGUGUUUGCGUCGAGAGAGAGGACAGAGGAGGAGUGGUAUCAGUUGCUGGAGGGAGCUGCUGGGUUGAGGAUCGUCAAGAUCUGGUCUAGAGGGGAGGGGUCUGAGUCGCUUAUUGAGUGUGAGUUGGCAUGA